GCACAGAGAUUUGUAAGGUUGGCCCCGCUGCAUUCAAAGCUUGGACUUGUUGUUAAAUUCUGUGUGAAGUCUACAUAUGUCGGACAGAGACACUGCAUCAUUGCUCAAAUUCACGGAGAAUGUGCUUCAAGAUUAUCGCAGUCUUAUUUCAGAAACAAAGCGGAGAUUUGUUCCUAUUAAAGAAGCAACUGAAUCACAAAUUCCUAAAUUAAGAGCUAUCAUAAACAGUGACACUGAACUCCGUGGAGCCUUACAGGGAUCGUGCAGCUCUCUAAUUUCUCCAUUUUUAAAUGGUUGCCUUUCGAAAAACCAGAAGAUAAUAGUAUUGUGUCUAACGGCACUUCAGCGUUUCAUCAAUCAUAGGUGUUUAUCAGAGGAUGCCUCUGAAGCUAUCGUUAGUACACUUUGGCAGCUUGCGGAGUCGAAUAUAGAGGAAUUACGCCUACUUCAGACGACCAUAUUGCUUCUCACAAGCUCAUCCUUGAUACGUGGACCUCAACUUGCGAAAGCCUUCACCAUUUGUUUGAAGCUUCAUCUUUCGAAGUCACCUUCCACUGUAAACACAGCAGCAGCAGCUGUUCGCCAAUGUGCAAGUGCUAUUUUUGACCGUGUGUUCAAGGAAGAGUUGAUCAUACAACCUACGGAUUCCAGUAAACAAAAAGCUACACCCGGAGUCGACGAUAUUCUUCCUGUUAACCCUCUGGACUUGAAGUCCUCUGAAAGGGAUGCCUAUAUGCUUUUUCAGGAUAUUUGCCUACUAAUAAGUGACGAUACAUGUAUUUGGUUGUGUGGCACAAUACAGAUAAAUAAAGUCCUGGGUCUGGAGCUAGUUGAAUCGCUUAUCUUUUCCUAUCCUAGUUUAUUUUGUCAGCAUCCUGCUUUUGCAUAUUUACUGAAAACGAAUUUAUGCCCACUGGUUAUAAAAUUAUUUUCUCCAAGUUUAAAAUUGCACUUAACUCCAUUGGCUACGUCUGGUGGUGGGGGGAUAACAGAUGUCGCCUCAGCUGCGUUCGCUGCUGCAACGGCUGCAUUAACUAGUGUCAGUGGAGUGACAUCAUCGUUGUCAUCUUUAUCAUCACCGUCUGGUGUUUCAAAUGACGUGAUGAAUAGUGAAAAACCGAAUUUCGCAUUGUUUGUUCGUUUGAAACGUUUGGUCAUUGUCAUCGUCAAUCAUUACUUCCAUCUUUUGAAUACAGAAUGUGAAAUCUAUCUCUCGUUGCUUAUACGAUUUUUGGAUGUGAAUAAGUUAUUGUGGCAACGUGCAUUGGCAUUAGAAGUUCUAUUUAAAAUUGUGGAACAACCUGAAUUAGUUAAGCAUAUUUGUAUUUCAUACGAUAUGAGACAGCAUGCAACAAAAAUAUUUCAUGAGCUUUUAAAUGCUUUCGGACAGUACAUACAAACAUCUUUAGCCAAUCCAUGUCCAGGUGAUGAACUAUCUAAAGAUAAUGCUAAUCAAACACCGAAUCAAACGGUUCAUGUUGGAGGUAUCAAUCAAUCCAUGUUAUAUUAUAAAGGGAGUUAUUUUCCAAUCAAUAUACAAUCAAAAGGAAUGCUUCUUGAGAUGCUUGAUCGCAAUGAACCACCAAUUUUACCUGAUGGUUAUUGUCUUUCAUUGGCUUUAGUAUGUCUACGUAAAACAGUGGACUCACUAAAGGUCAUCAUCAAUGCUAAUGUUCCUGAAAUUAUUAAUCAUGGUGAUGAUGACAUUAAUAAUAACAAUGAGGAUAAUACUUCAAAAAAGUAUGAUAUUGUGUUUUGCAAACAAAUUGUAUCUAAUUCAUGGUGCAGUAUAUUAUCCACGCUCAGUUUAUUACUUGAAUCAAGUGCUGAUCAUCACAUAACAUCAGGUCUUCUUCAGUCUUUGCAAAUUAUGAUUGAAUUAAGCGGAAAGUUACAGUUGGAUGAAUCUCGAGAUGCUUUCUCUAUAACUAUGUGUAGAGCUGCACUGCCGUCUUCAUUUGGACGUUCUUUAUUGGCAACACAUUCUAAAAAUUGUUCGGUAAUAUCUCAGUUAUCUCCUAAUUUUAAUGGUGCAAAUAAUCAUGAUGAUAUAUUUGAACGUAGUGGAAUUGCUUUAGUGAUUUCUCAAGGUCCUGGCCAUACUGUUCAUAUUAAUCCACCUACAAAUAUCUCAUCUAUUCUUCAAAACAUAUCAAGUCAGACUACACCUACUGGACAUGUUCAAAGUGGAUCCGGAUCCACUGUAAAUACAGAUUCUUUGUCAUCUGGAAAUAUACUACUUACUAUUAAACAUUUACAAGCAGCUUCUGCUGUUUUAACAACUGCUCAUGCACACGGUGAUGUUUUAGAUUCAUCAUGGAUUAUAUUUCUAACUACAAUGCAGCAUUUAGUUUGGAUGUUGAACUUGAAAAUUGAACCAUCGGCUAAAUUAUUUUUCAAACCUGUUCAAGAAUCAUGCACAACUCAUACAACAAAGGAAAAUGUUAAUUCAUCAAGUGAUACAAUAAAUGAAAAUGCUGAUACUGGAACUACCAGUACUAAUAUUACUACUGGUGUUGCUACUACUAGUACUACUAUUACUACUAAUAAUAAUCAAGUUCCUACACAAAAUAUCUCUAUGACAACACUUUUCUCAGUGACAUCUGAAUUAACAUCAUUAUCAUCAAUGCUUACACAAAUUUUUAUUCAGUCCAGCGAUUUGAGUGUAGAUGCUCUACACAGUUUUAUCUCAGCACUUUGUCGUCUUUCAUCAGAUGCAUUAGAAGCAGUGAAAAACAAUCGAGAACCAAGUCAGUUUCCUAUUGCUAAACUAACAGAGAUUGGAUUAGUUAACGUGCAUCGAUUGGAUUUAUGGUGGAAAAUUAUAUCAAAUCAACUGUUAACUGUGUGUAAUUGCACUCAUGCCACUCUCCGUCAGCUAUCUUCAAGCUGUUUGACCAGUUUAAUCAGACAAGCAAUUGCUGCUCCACAGAAUCCUCCUUUUUGGCAAAAUGAAGCAUUAAAUAUUCAAGUACUUGAUCCAUUAACGGAUUUAUCUGAUCGCAUUAUAUAUGAUGAUGUACGAGAAGAACAAUUAAAAUGCGUUCAACAAUUAUUACACUGUUGGGGUGAACAAGUACGAUACAGUUGGCUUAGAUUAAUUAAAAUAAUUGGAGUUAUAAGAGAAAGUUACAAAAUAGACUUGAUCCAGACAUCAUUUAAAUGCUUCAAAUUGAUUGUUACAGAUUAUUUAUCCACUUUGCCGUCGGAUUGCUAUUUAGCGUGUGUUGAAACUGCAGCAAGUUUUGGACAUCAAAAACAAGACUUAAAUAUUGCUUUAUCAGCUAUUGGGUCCUUACUUCAUUUAGCUGAUUUUUUUGUGGAACAAAAAAAUAUCCCACUUGUAGUAUCAGAUUCAAUUAGUUCUUCAAUUGAUUUAAAAGAAUUAUGGAUUUGUGUAUUUCAUAAAUUGGCUGAUUUGUGCUUAGAUCGUAGACCAGCAAUUCGAAAAUCUGCAUGUCAAACAUUAUUUAAUACAAUUGAAUGUCAUAGUGAACAAUUUGAUGAAGAUACAUGGUCUAAUUUGCUAUGGAAAAUAUUGUUCCCUUUGUUAUCGAAGGUGCAUAAUUUAUAUCAAAGUGCACCUGUUGAAAAAGUUGGCGAUAGACCAAAUAGUUUAUUAAUUCAUCAUAGUCGUGAUACUGCAUCAAAACAAUGGGCUGAAACAGUUGUAUUAACUUUAACUGGUGUAUCACAUUGUUUUAUAUCAAAACAAUCUCAUUUGUUAACACUUAGUGAUUUUAUAAAAUGUUGGCAGAUAUUACUUGAUUAUUUGAAAGUGACUGCUUAUAUGGAUAGUGGAGAAAUUUCAUUAGCUUCAUUAAAUUGUAUGCAAAUUUUACUUGAUAUACAACUCCCUUCUUAUCCUACACCAUCCUCAUCUUCAUCUACAACACCAUUGCUAACAUCAAAAUUGAUUUGGUCUGCCUAUUGGGAAACUUGGUUACAAAUUGGAAAACGAGCGAUAGCGUUUGCUCAGUUUAAUAAUAGUGAUAACACUUUUCCACUUACUACAAAUUUAUCUGUAAACUCUUCUGAUUCUCAAUAUAUUAGUGACAACAGUAAUAGAAUUGUAACGGUUAAUGAAAGUGGUGAAAAGAUUUGUUAUCCUCCAUUUAUAUACUUGCCAAGUAUAUCAUUUAUCACAUUAUACUUUGAUUUAUUCAUACCAAUAUUUAAUUAUAUUAAAGAAGAUUUUCAUCUGAAAGAUUUCGAUCGAUUAGCUGAAUUAUUACAAAUUGGUGUAUUAAUUCCAUUGUAUAUUAAUUAUUUAUUUCCAACCGUUUCAACUACAACUAUCAUGACUACAUUAUUAUCAACAACACCUUCAAUGAUAAUUGAUGAUGGUGCAUUGAAUUCGUUACAAGAGGCUGUAUUACGUUGUUUAAAUUGUCUUGUACAGAAUUUUGGUUCUGAUCAAAAUAAGGACGAAAAUAGUAAUAAUAAGAAUAAUAGUAACAUAACUAACAGUCGUUCCUCUUCAAUACUUCCACGUGUAUUACAAUUGCUGCUCACUAUAGCUGGUUAUGCUGUCCGAAUUCCUAAACCACAUCAUUCGGACAAUCAUCGACUUGAUGUUGUUCCGCUCAAUUAUAUUGUAUUUGCUGAAAAAUCUUUAUUAAUCGCUGUGGAUUUAUAUCAAACAACUGUUACAUGGCCUGAAAUGUGCAGUGUUGAAAUACUUGACUCCAUAAUCAAAACAUUACAUCAACCAAUGGCAUUGAAAUAUGCUUGUCCAUCACAGACUACCUGGUUACUUGCAUGUCGUUGCUUUUUUCAAGUGAUUACUGCUGGUAUUAUUGUAUUGUCGAACAAACCAAUGAAUAUGUCCAAAACUUAUAAUUUCAAUAAAAAAGACUCUAUUCCCUGUAGCGGUGGUGUGAUAUCUUCAAAUCAUGAUUUAUGUAAACAUAUUGUGGACUCUAUUCAAGAUUUUCUUUUUUGUCAAAAUGAACCACCAUCAUCCUUAUCAACUGAAGAGUUCCAACUACACGAAGAAUUAGAUUGUAAAUUCGUAGAUUUAAUCAGCGAUUUAUUCCUGUCGAAUCCUGCGCAAUUGCCAGAAUUUUUCAUCAGUCGUCUAAUUAAUUUACUCAGCCUCGGUUCUGUACAGUCGGCUAUUCCAGUCAGUACAACAGUUAAUGAAGAUGUUAAUAAUAGUAAUAACAACAGUGAAGAUUUUAAUACGAAUGGAUUAUAUCACCAUAAUUCCGUCGAUCACCAUUCUAGUGUAUCUCACAGUGGAAUACAUUUUUCUAAAGGUCUAGGUCGAGCUGUUCGUCAAAUGAGUUUGGUUACCUCACUACCUCAAGAUGAACUUAUGAACGAAUCUUUGGGGUGGGACAUUGAUCUUGAUCGUUUGAGACGGUUAACGUUUCGUGAAAAUUUUGCUCGUUUAUGUUUUGGGAAAUUAUUGUCACAUGCCUUUUCAGCUCCUUCAGACGUACGAUUAUCGUCAACCAUAUCGACACCAGUUUUGUUAGAAAACGGUCAUGUUGGAAAUAACAACGGCUAUAAAAUUAGUCCAUCAAGUACAAAUUUUUCACUGAUGGUUAGUAAAACAGCUGUACGCAGUAUCCUGCAAAGAUGUCGUUCUGUAUUGCUUAAGUUUUAUCAGUCGUCGCGAUUGAUUGGAAAAUGUCCACUACCUCGUGCUCGUUUGUCAGAAAUUAGCUACGUAUUCAAAGCGUUGACAGUUAUGUUAACAUCACUUCAGUCUGUCCCAAUACAACAUGACGAAACUCUGUGAACGAGCUGUGUAGGCAAAUCCAUUAAGCUUUCCUUUAUAUGUAAAUUUGGUUUGAAAAAUUGUAUUUAUCACUGACAGACUUCAAUGCCGAUACAUAUAAAAAAACAUUUGACAAUGUGACACGUGGAUGGGAUUGUUCUUCAGGUAUGUAGUUUUAAGUUGAUAUCACUUUAGAUGUACCUUUAAGGUUGUUUCAUUAACGUCUAGUUGUGUUUACUUUCACAGUAAUUACUUCAGUAACCUUCAUUUCUUAACUCUGUUAGUUUUAUAAGCACCGUUAUAUAAUCAGGACAAUUGGAAAAUAUUUAGUCGUUUUUAAGUUAAUACUUUAAUAAAUCAAUGAAUUCGCUUAUUCUUCGCACUACCGUAACGUGGAAGUGCUCUGUGUCUAUAUGGAUAAAUGGAUUUUCCACAAAAAUCUAAAAGGCGCUUUCUGGUUAAUUUAUCCGCAGGGUAUAAUGCCACCAUGUUAAGAUUGAUUUUAGAAUUGAGAUUUUAGAUAUUUCAUCGAUUCGCCUAUUAAAUACAGUCACCGCCAUAAAUACACAAUCAAAUAUUCGAAUCGAGUACUGCGUUUUAUUACUCUUCUUUCCUCAGUUUUCACUCACAUAAUGACACAUCACAAAGAUUUUCGAAAAUGAGCUUGUGACUGCCACUAAAAGCCUCACAUUUGAAUUCUCUAGUAAAUUCAAUAAUACGAAGUAAAUUGACAGUCUCUGUGUAAUUGUAUAUCAUCAUCAAUACGGUUGAUAUAAUGAUCUCUUCCAUAGCUGUUUAUAAGUAGCAGGAAAUAUGACUUUUGAUAUAAUUAGGAGUCUAUUGAUUCUAAUCAACAGAUUUGCAAUAGCCAAUUACAAAAUAUUUUUAAUGCUACUUCAGUUAUUAAAUAUUCCGCCGGAUUACGUAAUAUUAUCAUUUUCAUUUCAUAACUCAACUCAUUAUUUAUGUCAUAAAUUAUGCUUUAAAGCACAUUCAUUCUUUGUAAUUAACGUCGUUUACAGAUGAUUAGAGACUUUGAUUUCUUCCUUGUUCUUAUCUAAUGGAAAGUUAAUAAUAGCAUUAAUUAUGUAACUUAAAAUAGCUAUUCACAGAAGAGAAUGUCAAUUUAAUCUACUUACAAAUGAAAUCAUUUUUGCCGAUAUUAUGAGUAUUAAAAGUAAUGAAAUCUGUCAGUUAUUGUACAUACAUCUUAAUGAUUAGUUUAAAUGAACAAGUUUACUUUACACCUUAUUUAUUUAAACUAUUUCCACAUUUAUGAAGUGUUUUUUUCCUUUAUUUUCCCAUUCUGGUUACUAUUAUCCUGAUAUAUGAUUCAAUACCUGUCCAAUAUACUCAAAAUAUACAGUGGAUGAUUCAAUCUGGUCUAGUAUAAUUGAAUUAUAUCCUCAUAUUGUUGAUUGUAUUCUGGUGACCGGUGGAAGUAAUCAAAUAGCAUUAGCUUUACAUCAUCUUUUACGACUUUAUGGUGAAUUUCUUGCUCCAUCACAUUUACGUCCAGGAGUCAGCAACAAUACUACUAAUAAAGAUUGCAGUAGUAUUGUUAAUGACAACAAUAUUAAUAGUAUGAAUAUUGAGAAUGAUAUUACCAAUAAUAAUAUCAGUCAGAAUAAAACAUCAUUGAAUGGAAUAUAAGCGAACUAUACGUGAUUGGUUUUUGUGAAGAAUAAUUUUUACAUUUGUGAUAUGUUUUAUAUGAAUUUCUAAAUUAUAUACUUUACUCAUUUAUUAUAUGAUGGCUGUGGGGAUCUUCGUGUAAUCUCUUUCCCUCUUUCUCUCUCUCUUUCUUCCUCUCUUCCUCCUCCUUAGUAUAAUCAUUGUCUACCUUUUUUUUAAAGGUUGUUCUACUUUCUAUUUACAGUUUAUCAUACGUAGUUUUAUCUUUGUCAUGUUUUUUUUCUCUUUGUUCCACUUUGUUCAACUAAUUUAUGUCAAACAUACGAAAUAUCUUUUGUCCGUUUCCACAGUCAUACCUUCCAUGUUUGUUUGUUUUUGAGCAAAUCAAUUAAAUUCUUAGUCGAUUUGUUUUUCAACUUAUAUCGUCUAACUUUAUUGUUUUGUUGUUUGUUUUUUUUCAUUUUAAUAAUAAGAGACAAAUGAAAAAUGCUGAUUACUUUGUUAAAUUACUUUUUAUUCUCUAUGUAAAACGAAUGAAUGAAAUAAAACUAUAAUAAGCUAUCAUAAAUUUGAUUUUUAUUAAAGAUUUAAUAAUGUGAAAGGAUUUUCAUGAUCAAUGUAGAAUUUUUAUACUCACUCUAUUUCGGUUUUUAUUUAUUUCAUUUGAAAUUACAACAUUUUUAUUGUUUUGUC